AUGCAUUUAAUAAGGUAUAGCAGUCCAAUCAUUCCAAUCACCAAAGCGAAAUCCUUUUCUGUAUUUUACAGGUUAAACUCUAAAACAGUAAAAGUUAAUCAAGCAAGUACAACUACUGCCGGAGCUGAUAUUAUCCAACAAAAUUAUAAAGAAAAGCUACUUAAAAAGGCACAAGAGGAAGGAUUCCAAACUAUCGAAAAGUUACAGAACCACUGGAAGAAUAUUAUCGAAGAGAAGAAGAAACAAUUCAAUAAGAUAGAUAUUUUAAAAGAUCUUGAAGAAUAUCAACAGAAAAUGUCCAAUAACAAUGCCACUGGAUUCACCAAAUCAAAGGGUCCAUUGCCUGCUGAAGAUAAGAAACUGAAAGUACCAUUUAAAACAUUAGGGUCAUACUUACAAUUGGAGAAGAUUACAGAACUCUCUAAACAAGAAAUUGAAUUUCUUUGGAGAGCUAAAUGGGCAGCAACGAAAGAUUCAUUAUGUGCUGUAGUACCUGUAGAUAUUUUCAAUAAAAUGUUAGGGAAUGCCAAGGCAAAUCCAGUAUUUGUGUUACCUUUACCAAGAGUUGUAGGUGAAGGUAAGGAACCAGAGGGUAUGGAGUUACAUUACAUACAAUGGCAGUUUUUAGGUUCCAAUACCAUCCAUUGUAUUAUAACAUCUUUAGCAGAAUAUAAACUACACACUGAGUUUGCUAGACCUCAUACCACAUUCCAAUUUCAUUUGGAUUUGGAAUCAGAAAAAAAAAUUGUCCUGAUGAAUGGCCACGUCCAAACUGAUAUGAAUGUGUCUGUUCAAGACGCCCAAUUAUUAUUAUUAAAUAUUCAAAGGUUCUAUGGAGCAAUGGGUGAAGAGACUCCAAUGGCGAAGGAAAGAUUAAAAAUAUUGAGGGACUUUACAAAGGGAUCAACUGCUUUCAAUGUAGAUACGUUAAUUGAAUGCGCCCAAUCAAUGGAAAAUUGA